UGACUAACGCUCGGAGGAGAAAUGGCUCAGAAAGGAGUUCAGCUGGACCGGGAAAUCUUCUGUUGUCCCAUCUGUCUGGAUCUACUGAAGCACCCGGUGACUAUCCCCUGUGGACACAGCUACUGCAUGGACUGUAUUAAACACCACUGGGAUAGAGAGCUAAUCCACGGCUGCCCUCAGUGUAGAAAGAGCUUCACACCGAGGCCUGUCCUGCUGAAAAACACCAUGUUAGCAGCUUUAGUGGAGGAGCUGAAGAAGACUGGACUCCAAGAAGCUCCUGCUGAUCACUGCUAUGCUGGAGCUGAAGAUGUGUCCUGUGAUGUCUGCACUGGGAGGAAACUGAGAGCCUUCAGGUCCUGUCUGCAGUGUGUGGCCUCUUACUGUGAGACACACCUCCAGCCUCACUUUGAAUCAGCUGCAUUACAGAAACACAAGCUGGUGGAGCCCUCCAAGAAGCUCAGAGAGAACGUGUGCUCUCGUCACGACGAGGUGAUGAAGAUGUUCUGCCGCACUGAUCAGCAGUCCAUCUGUUACCUCUGCUCUUUGGACGAACACAAAGGCCACGACACAGUGUCAGCUGCAGCAGAGAGGACUGAGAGGGAGAGAGAGCUGGAGGGGAGUCGACUCAACAUCCAGCAGAGAAUCCAGGACAGAGAGAAGGAGGUGAAGCUGCUUCAGCAGGAGGUGGAGGCCGUCAAUGGCUCUGCUGAUAAAGCAGUGGAGGACACUGAGAAGAUGUUCACUGAGCUGAUCCGUCUCAUGGAGAAGAGAAGCUCUGAUGUGAAGCAGCAGGUCAGAUCCCAGCAGAAGAGAGAAGUGAGUCGAGUCAAAGAGCUUCAGGAGAAGCUGGAGCAGGAGAUCUCUGAGCUGAAGAGGAGAGACGCUGAGCUGAAGCUGCUCUCUCACACAGAGGAUCACAACCAGUUUCUGCACAGCUACCCCUCACUGCCAGCCCUCAGUGAAGCUACACACUCCUCCAGCAUCAACAUCCGUCCUCUGAGACACUUCGAGGACGUGACAGCAGCCGUGUCAGAUCUAAGAGAUAAACUACAGGACGUCCUGGGGGACAACUGGACCAACAUCUCACUGAAUGUGAGUCAAGUGGGUGUUUUACGGCCACCACCAAAGCCCAGGACCAGACGUAGAUUCUUAAAAUAUUCAAGGGAAAACUGUCUGGAUCCAAACACAGCAAACACACAGCUGUUGUUAUCUGAGGGGAACAGAAAAGUUACAUUAACGAAAGAAACACAGCCCUAUCCCAGUCACCCAGACAGAUCCACUGCAUGGCCUCAGGUCCUGAGCAGAGAGAGUCUGACUGGUCGUGACAGGGCCGCCCCUCCCACGCAGAUCACGCAGACUGCGUGGGGCUUCACCUCGCGGAGGGGGCCUCAUGUUGCGGAGAGAGCCUCAACUGAGGACACCUUGAGCUCAUUCGGCGCAUUUAGGGUGAAUCAGGCUCGCCGCUGCAAGGCUCCACUAGCACAAAAAUGUGUCCCCGGUGUGUCAGGAGACUCACACAGUGCUGGAAAUACAAACCUCUCUCUUUUCCUCCAUACCCACUACCCACAUCUCUGGAAAGGGGAAACAACGGGGGGGAGGGGGGGGCGCUCGUGAACUGUCAACGGAGUGGUGAAGAGCUCGACGCUCGUGAAAUGUCAACAGGAGGACGGGGGGAGCCUCGCAGUGUAUGGACCUCUUUCACCUGUCAGUGCAACUUACAUGAUGCCGUUUAAACAAAUUUAAAUAAUUGGUUUAAACGGCAUCACAAUAAUGACGAUCGUCCGUUCUGUGAUCCUCCAGAACACACAUGGCCAGUCCGCCCCUGUGUAGCAUAUUAUUUUCGAUGAGAGAUGAGCAGAUCGCCACUGGGCUUUCAACUGAAGACACAACCACAUAAUAACUGCGGCAUCUGUACAGCUCCUUAUGGGUAGCCUACUGCGAUUUGUGAAUUGUGGGCGCGCUCCGGCAGCACCCUGAUCGUUUCACCACGGAGGAAAGCAGCAGAAAGUCGCCUGGAGUUAAAGAGAGCAGGGCUGCGUUGCGUGCAUGGCUUCCUUCUGCAGGUAACGGGGAGACGCGCUCUGUCUCGUUCAGGAUCCGAA